AUGGAAGAGGAAACGAUUAAAAUAAAGAUAAAGAGCAUAGAUAACCAAGAAUGUGAGUUUUGUGUAAAAAAAAACACAACCGCAGAAGAAUUAAAAAAUAUGAUAGCUGAAAAAAAAAAUGUAGAUAUAAAUGAUAUAAGAUUAAUAUAUCAAGGUCAAUGUUUAUCAAAUACUAAAACAAUAGCUGAAUAUAAUAUUCAAAAUGAUCAUAUAAUUCAUGCAGUAAUAAGAAAAAAGGAAAAUAUAAAUAAUAAUGCAUAUGAAAACAAAAAUGAAAAAUCAAGUAAAUUCAAAAAUACAGACCAAGACAAUAAUAAUAAUUAUACUAGCAGUAGCAAUCCUUUGAAUGAUCCUCUACAAUAUGGUUUUGCAUCAAACAUAAACUUCAAUAAUCUUAAUAGCAAUGCAAAUACUACAGAUAAUAAUAGACCAUUUGGUAGUACCUCUAUACCUACACCUAAUAUUGGUGGUGCAACACCUCUUUAUUUUACGCAUAUGAGAUUAACAAGGAAUGAUAAUUUAGAAAAUGAUAUAAUGGGUCAAACUAAUAUGUGUUCACUAUUAAAUGAUAUUAUGAGCCAAGUUAAUAUUAAUCCGAAUUUUAUUUAUGGAGCAGCAACUGCAGCCGUUAAUUCUGUUGGAUCAGGAGAAAAUUUUUUUACUGCAAACCUCAGGCCAACCGAUACAAAUGUCAACAUGAACGACUUUAGAAAUAAUAAAGAGAAGGAUGGAACUAAUGCAAAUACUGCAACCAAACAAAAGGAUAUGGAAAAAGAUGAGACUCGAAAAGAAAAUGAAAAUGUAAAUAAUGACGCGGAAAAGAAUGUAGAAAAAGGAACUAACAAUGAUAAUUGUGGAAAUGCAAAUUCAGAGCAUAAUAAACAAAAAAAUGAAAAACCAAUAAAUAAUAAACAUUCAUCAGAAGGAAAACAUAGAGGAAAAAAAAGUAACAGUAGUAGUAGUAGUGGAAAUAGCAGUAGAAGUAAUAGUAGUUAUGAAUAUAAUCAAAAUGACAAAGAAAGUGACGAAGAUGAAGAUAAGAAAAAAUUAAAAAAAAAACUAAAAAAAAAAUAUAUGCAAAAAAUAAAAAAUAAAUAUGAUGAGAAUAGUUUAAAUAAAGAAAAUAAUAAUGAUGAUAUAUAUAGUUCUUCUUACAAUAGCAAUUAUGAAUCAUCUUGUUCAGAAAAUUCUGAUUCAAAAGAAAGAGAAAUAGAUGAGGAAAAGAAAAAAAGAUAUAAAAAUAAAAUUUUAGAAAAAAUGAGAAAAAAAAGAGAAAAAAGAGAAAAAAAAAAAAAAAAAAAAUAUUAUUAUUCAACCAAUUCAUCAUCAGAUUAUGAUAAAAUAUAUGAAAGAGAUGAAAAGAAAAAGAAAAAAAAGUUACGAAAUAAAGGCAAAUUUAUGUUUGAUCCAAAUUUAUUAUAUAAUCCAAAUUACAUGCGUAACAUGUAUAGAGGUGUAUAUAAUCCUGGAUAUCCUAACCCUUAUAUAAACAAUUUCAACAACGGAAAUGCAUUCAGACCCAACACAAACUUCAAUAAUGUUUUUAAUAACAAUAGUAUGCUUAGAAAUGCUCCUUAUCCAUAUAUGAGUGGAAAUGAUAUGAAUAGGCCAAUGCAUUAUUAUGAUCAAAAAUGUGCAAAUAUAAGUGAAAAUGAAAAUUAUAUAAAUUUUAAAGAUGAUAUAAGUGAUGGAUAUGAAAAUAUAAAGAAGGGUUUGAAUAAAGAUUUUUUUAAAAGUGCUUUUAAAAGAGAAGAAUUAAAUGUAAAUGAUAAAAAAAGAAUGUUAAAUACUAUAAAUAUAAAUAAAAACAUUUCAGAUGCUAAUAAUAAUAAUAAUAGUGAAACUCUUUUUGGAAAUAACUUUUGUAAUAAUAAUGUACAUGCAGGAAAUAGAACUGUGAAUGAUACACAAAAUUUGAUUAAAAAUACAAAUGAGUGUUAUACAGGAGGAAUAUUAGAUAGCACAGGUAUACAAAAUAGUAACAAUACCACCACUAAUAAUAAUGGCAAUAAUAGAAAUAGUUAUGCAAAUAUAAUACCCUUUAGUGAUGUAGAACUUGUUAGAAAUAACUCAGCUCGAACAAAUUCAAGGGGAACAUUAAAUCGAGAAGAAGAUAAUUUAUCUGAAAAUAAUUUAAUGCCUGAACAUAUGAGAUCUAUUCAAAUGGCUAGUAAUAAUAGAAGACACUUAAGAAGUACAUCAAAAUUAUUAAAUGAAGAAAGUGAUUUUGAAUAUAAAAAUAUUGAAUUAAAUAUUCCAUGGAGAAUAAUGGAACAACUAUUAGUUUUGUUAGAAGAAGAGACAGGAUAUAAACGCCCUAAUUUAUCAUCCUAUAUUAAUUCAUAUUAUAGUAGUAAUUCAAUAUAUGUAUUUUUUAAUUUAUUUGUUCAUAUUAAUAAUAUAAUAAAUAGUAUUAUAAUUCAAUUUAAUCAUUCAAACUUUUUAAAUAAUGAUAUAUCUAUGUCAUCCUUCUCAAGAAUAAGUAUAAUUUUAUCUUUAGCCUCAGUUAUUUUUUCAAGAUUAUCAAACUUUUUUUUUGUAUUUUAUGAUAACUUUUAUUGUAAUAAUUACGGAAGAAACUAUAGAUAUUCAGAACCAAUUAAUCAUGAAUAUUUAAGAGAGUUAAGAAAUUUUUAUUACUCCAAUAAUAGAAAUAAUAAUAUGCGCAAUUCAAAUAUUGCUAAUUUAAAUUCUGAACAAAAUAAUGCAUAUGAUAAUUUCAGAACAAAUCCUAAUCGUACAAAUUUACAACAAGAGUUUGAAGAUUAUUAUAAAAAUUAUUUAAGUGGUAUUGAUGUAGGUAUAAAUAAUAAUCUAUUAUUACGAAGAGGUCAUACAAAUUUUAAGACCGAAAAUUUGACUGAUAAUAUUUUUUCAAAAGAUGAUUAUAUUAGUCAUAAAUAUAAAAAUAAACAUAAAUUAUCAAAUAGUUUUAUAGAUCCAAAAGAAAAUAAAUAUAAUAAUCAUAAGUUUACUGAUUUGGAUGGUAGCUUAAGAGCAAAUAGAGAUUGGAAUACGAAUAAUCCUUUUUCAACACUUCAAAAUUAUAACAAAAAUAAUGACCCUCUUUUAUAUAUAAGUAAGAAUAAAAAAAAAGGAAAUAAAAAAAAUGAAGAAAAACAAAAAAAAAAUGAUAAAGAUACAAAUAGUGCAUCAGCUAAUAAAAACCCCAGUGUAUGCAGUUCCAAACAUAGUCGUAGUAAUAGUAGUAAACAUGGUAGUGAUAAAAUUGAUAGUAAUAAAAAUGAAUCUGAAAAUAAAAAUAUUGUUGAACCCGAUGUUGUAGAUUCUCGUACUAAAAAUCCAAAAGAUAAAAGAAAUUUUAUGAUUAAUAUUUUUAAAAAUCUCUUAAAAAAUGAACCAGAAGAAAAAGCACCAGAAAAGAAUACCAAUGAUCAAAAUUGUUUGAAAAAUAGUGAAAAAAAAAAUAAUAAUUGUCCUGAUACAACUUUAGUAUGUUAUGACAAUAAUAAGAAUGAAACUUCAGAUGACGAAAAGGAACAAAAAGAUAGUCCCAAUAAUAAUGAUCCAAACAAAAUGGAUCAACAAAAUUCCACUAAUACUCCUUUACCUGCUGAACAAAAUGAAAAACUAGAAAAUGAUGGUAAAACAAAUGAUGAAAAAAAAAAUAGUGUAGGUACUCAAAAAAAUGAGCAGGCAGUAGCUAAUAAUAUAUCGAUUCCAAAUAUUAAUUUUGCAAAUAUUUUAAACGACGUUCAAAAUCAGUUAGCCACUCAUAAGGCACCUGAAGCACCCCAGCGCGAUAAGUUUGACGGAGUACCCGAUAAAGUCAAAGAGAGAUAUGCAAACUGGACAGAAAAUGCCCAAAUAUUUUCGGGACAGAUGAUAAAAAUAUGUAGAAAUAAAAGACCACUAAGUUAUACAUACCUCGGUGAAAGUUCAUUAAAUGAAGAUAUAUCCUAUAACAACCCAUUACCAUUUUUAUGGAAAAAGAACAUGAGUAAUAUAAAUGCCAGCUUUGACCUAGAAGUAUCGGAUGAAUUGAUGGAAGCAUUUGAUAUGCACAUUUUGGAAUUUGUAAAAAAAUCAAUUAAAAAUAACGAGGACUAUAAAUUAGAAAAAUCUAAAUAUCCAAGCCUCUCAAAAUGUGAAGAGAUUUUUGAUGAAGCUGACAAAAAUUAA